CAGACCGGGGGUUAGACGGAGGUUAGCAGUUUCACAACAUCACAGGCUCUCCGCGUCCCUGCCCUGAAUAUGAUGUGGGGGCACGACCUCAAAGAUACCCCCGCCAAGUAUCUGGACAAGUUCAUCGAAAACAAUCUCCUGCCAGACACGCAUUUCCGCAGGCAGGUCAGACAAGCGGUGGACAUCAUCUCCAGUUUCCUGAAGGAGAGGUGUUUCCGAGGUGCACUCCACCCUGUGCGGGUGACCAAAGUGGUCAAGGGUGGCUCUUCAGGCAAAGGCACGACCCUGAGAAGCCGAUCUGACGCCGACCUUGUGGUCUUUCUGAGUAACCUCACGAGUUUUCAGGAGCAGCUUGAUAACCGGGGAACGUUCAUCUUGGAAAUUAAGAAGCAGCUGGAAGCCUGUCAAGAAGAGGAAAUCUUUGACGUGCAGUUUGAAGUGCGGAGUCUGCAAUGGAGCAAGCCCCGAGCCCUGAGCUUUGUGCUGAGGUCCCCCCAGCUCCGGGAAGGGGUGGAGUUUGAUGUCCUGCCUGCCUUUGACGUCCUGAGGCAGUGGACCAAUAUCUACAGACCUGACCCCCAAGUCUAUGUCAGCCUAAUCCAAGAGUGCCUGAACCUGAAGACCGAGGGAGAGUUCUCCACCUGCUUCACGGAGCUGCAGCGAGACUUCCUGAAGCAGCGUCCGGCCAAGGUGAAGAGCCUCAUCCGCCUAGUGAAGCACUGGUACCAGCUGUGUAAGGAGAAGCUUGGGAAGCCUCUCCCCCCACAGUACGCCCUGGAGCUCCUGACUGUCUACGCCUGGGAGCGCGGAAACAAGCAAACGGAUUUCAGCACAGCGCAGGGGUUUCAGACCGUCUUGCUAUUAGUCCUGAAGUACCAGAAGCUGUGCGUCUACUGGACAAAGUAUUACAACUUUGAAAACGCUAUCAUUGCAAAAUACCUGAUGAGACAGCUUGAGAAACCCAGGCCUGUGAUUCUGGAUCCAGCAGACCCUACAGGAAAUGUGGCGGGUGGAGACCUAUACAGCUGGCAGCGGCUGGCAGCAGAGGCCAGAGCCUGGCUGAGUUACCCGUGCUUUAUCAGAGGGGACGGGUCUCCAGUGGGCUUCUGGAACGUGCAGCCUGAAGAAAACUAUUACUACACCUGGGCAACCUGUGAGCCCAGGACGUAUCAGUACCAUGAUUACGAAUGCCACCCUGCAGCCCCUAAGCACGUCGGCACCAGCCUGGCACCGUCGGCUCCCCAGGAGGCAGAUAACUGGAUGUGUGCCAUCCUCUGAAUGCCAGCCGACCUUAGGGGAAAGGUCUCCAGAAUCAUCCAGACCAGCCCCCUCGUUUUGGGGGCGGCGUGAAAAGUUCCUUGAUCCAGAUGGCCCCCAAAGCCAGCAGCGAGUGGGUGCAGACCUCAGACCAGAGCCCAGGUCUCCUGGCCCCCACCCUUCCCCGAGUCUCUGGCCUUUCUCCCAUCAUAGAUAACAUUUCCCUGCAACCCCACCCUCCCCCGGCCUGUUCUCUGAGCAUGUUCUCUCAGAGACAAGCAGAACCGUAUCCUGUAUUCCUAGUGGAGAGUUCUAGUCCAAUUUAUCAUCAAUAACAAUGAAAAGAACAGCAAA